AUAUGAACCCGCGUUGGCUACAAGACUCAUUCUACUGGGUUUUUCUCUGUUUCCUCUGUUGUUUUCCUAUGUUUUCGUGCUCAUGGCGACUUCUUCGAGCAUAGUUCCGCUUUUGAAAUCAUCACUAUAUGAUCUUUACGUGGUUAAUUCCGGUGGCCAGAGUGUGGAGACCAUCGUUACCCGUGUAACAUCGACGGUGGAUACCUGGGUCAAUAACGUGCGGUCAUGGAAUGUUAUUCGCUUCAUCGGCCUCGACAUUGAAUGGCGUCCGAAUCUCAACCCUGGAGACAACAACCCGGUGGCGACUCUGCAACUGUGCUCAGGGAAAACUUGUCUCAUCUUUCAGCUUCUCCGCGCUCAGGAGAUACCUAUUUCCUUGGCGGAGUUAUUGGCGGAUCCUUCCUUUACCUUUGUGGGUGUUGGGGUUGGAGAAGACGGGGAGAAGCUUAUGAAGGACCAUGGUUUGAGGGUGAGAAACGUGGUUGAUCUUCGGUACUUGGCGGCGGUGAGGCUGUGCCGGGAGGAUUUUGGUAGGAUGGGAUUGAAGGCACUUGCGAAGGCGGUAUUGCAGUGGGAUAUGGAGAAGCCUAAGAAUGUUACACUGAGCCGAUGGGAUGAUGAUGCACUUAGUGAUGCACAAAUUCAGUAUGCUUGUAUCGACGCUCUUGUGUCGUUCGAGCUAGGGAGGGCUAUGAGUUACUGGACUACUUUGGAGUAUUGCGUUGGAGUGAGCUGUGGUUACAAGAUCAUGUAUUGCAUGUUACCCUUUGCAGUUUCAAAGGAACUAAAUUGAUGAUGGUUAGUUAGGGUUUUAUGAUUUCUUGAGAUUUAAGUUAGGUUUUUUUUUUUCAGUAGUAGAAUUACUUAUUUUAAUACAAUUGUGCUUUUACU